AUGUCAGACGUGACCUUGACCGUCAACCGCUACAAAACCCGCCGCGCCUCUCCUGGAGUCAAGCAUACCAAGUUCAAAUACACAAUCGACUUCCCCUAUCAACCUAUCGGCGACAGAGUCUGCAUUGCAUUCCUCAGACUCAAAAUCUACAAUCACGAACCGCGCACCUACUUUGACGUCGCCAUCAUUUCCUCCAACGACUAUCACUUGACUGUCAUCACAGUCAUUGCUAUCAACAUGGACCCUCUCUCCCACGAGCAGUUCAUGGCUGGUGUCAACAGUACCGGCCCCGAUGGUCGUCCUCUCCCUGCUGGCGCUGCCGCAGCAGCCAGAAUGACUGCUGCUUAUGCAGCUGCUCAGGAGGCUGAGAGGCGCCAGGACGAGGAGACCUUCUCGACCGCCUCGGCCGCCAUUGAGGAGGUCAACCGCGAGGAGAAGAAGGCCAAGAAGAAGGAGGGCCGUAAGCAGAAGUCCCUUGUUCGCCGUCUCUUCGGCAGCGUCGGCGACAAGGUCGCUGCUGUCAUCAAGCGCGAGAAGGACCAGUGA